CCUAUGGCACUGAUUGCAAAUGACGACAAAAUCUUAGAUUUAGAACAGCACAGUGCGCAUGCGCCGCGGCCAUUUUCGAUUCGGACAAACGCCACAAAGCGGUAAAGUUUGUUUGGCUUUGCUUUGACGAGUGAACAGAUGUUUCCCCGAAUGUUGCCUCAGCGGACACACCAUGGUAACAACGAAACACUGUUGCUAUGGCGUCUGCCGGAGUGACUCGCGAUACGCCCACCGUGACCAUAUGAAGGGAGUUUUUUUCAUCCCUUUUCCCAAACCCAGAAGCCUUGCCCAAAAAUGCCAACGUUGGAUACGGGCUUGUAACCGAGAGGGCUUCACUGCGCAAAACGUGACCAAAUACACCUAUAUUUGCUCUCUUCAUUUCGUCGGCGGUAAGGGGCCAACAGCUGAAUUUCCAGACCCCAUUACAGCGGUUCCAGCGUGUCCCAUGCAAUCGGAGACACUUACCCACAAAAGGAAAGCCCCAACCCCUGGAAAUGAAGAUACUGUUGAGGUAGCAAAGAUGAAGAGGAGCAAGAGGAAGAGGUUGGCCCAUAACCUCCCUGCUCCUUCAACAAGCACGGCCAGCAGCCAAGAGGCAGAGGAUGAGUCCACUGAUCUUCAAACCAAUGAUGACACAACCAUAAAUGCUGCAACAGCCCUGCUGGACCUUUCAUCUGUCUGGGUGGUUGCAGCCCAAGUUAUGUCGGAUGGACGUAGCAUUGAUAAGGUGGACAAAUCCUGCCAGACGGACACUAAUCUUGAAGAAGCGAUGGAGUUAAAAAUGGAAAACCAGACUCUGAAAGAGGAACUCUCCAGGCGUAUAUAUGAACACGUGGCUCCGCCGCAGAAACCCCCGUUCUCUGUUGAAGAAGUCAAAAAUGAUGACAAGCAGUUUAAAUUUUACACUGGUCUGACUUGGCUUCAGUUCAUGAGUCUUUGGGAUUUUCUUGGACCCUCUAGAGAUAAACUGCCACGUUACAAGAGCUCUGAAAAAUCUCCAGAUAAAAGGCGUGGCGUGAAAAGAAACCUGGAUCCCCUCGAUGAACUGUUUCUGACCUUGAUCAGUCUUAACAGUGGCUUACUUCAUAAAGAUUUGGCGUACAGAUUUGGAAUUUGUGUUAGCUUGGUCUCAGAAAUAGUCAUUGCCUGGAUUCAGUUUAUGUAUCUUAAGUUUUCCGCGCUGAAGAAAUCGAUGUUUGCAUCUCGAGAAAUUGUAGCCAGAAAUCUCCCUUCAUGUUUUGAGAAAUUGGAAGGGUUACGAAUUAUUAUUGACUUUGCCAAAUUCUUUGUAGAACAAGCCUCUAAUUCUGAGCAUCAAGGUAAUCUCUACUCGUCUAAAACAAUUCUUGAGGUAUAUAAAGUUUUAAUGGGCGUUUCUCCCACCGGAGACGUUAUGUUUGUAUCUGACGCCUGUGCAGAGUCGGUUUCUGAUGUUGAAAUCGUUAAGCAGAGUGGAUUUCUUGAUCAUCUCGAAUCGGGGGAUCUUGUUUUUGCCGAUCGGGGUUUGGCAAUAAGUGAAGUUCUGGCAGAGAAGGGGGUUCACUUUAACAUCCCACCCUGUUUGAAAGGAAGAAAAACGCUUACGCCAGAAGAAGAAAUUUACUCUAAACAGACUUCAACAGCAAGAACCAAUGUCAAAAACUGCGUCAGGGGCAUCAAUAAAUUUAAACUGCUGAGUACAGUUAUACCCCUGUCACUGCAGCCGGUAUAUUCACAAAUAGUUUUUGUCGCUAGCUGUUUAGUUAACUUCCAAGAAGCACCAGUUGCCUGAACUGAUCUUGAAUAGUGAUGGGAUUGAUGGCUCUUUACUGGGAGUAAGAGCCAGUCAGCAAACUCUUGCUGUCACAGAGAUAGUUUUCCAAGAGGUACACAUUCUGAUGAAAAUGACCAAUACAGCAGGAUUCAUCAUGACCUUUGAAACAUGUGGUAUGCCAGUAAAAAUGAACAGAUUAAAAGAGGCUACAGGUUUAUGCUAAAACCUUUCACUUGGUCUUCCUUGUCUGUGUGCUGUUUUCUAGUGUUUGCUUAGUUACAUUUGUAUAUAGGAGUUGUAACAGAAGUAAAGUAUGAAUAAAAUAUUCCAAAUGCAA